AUGUCCAACAACAACUACGACUCUAUCAAGCUCGUCGCCGUCUCGCCUCCGAUCGACGUCUACGGCCGCGUCCGCAACGAGCCCGUCACGCUCGUCCUCCGCGAGAACCUCUACGCCGACUCGCCGACUGACUACGCGAUCUGCGACCUGAACGGCGAUGUCGUCGUGACCCUCAAGGCCAAGAACCACUCGGUCACGAACAAGAGGAGAGCUGUACGAGAUUCACGACAAGAUCUUCACCGUCCACGCCUCGAUGGUCGGCAAGAAGGAGGGCGUGCAGCUGUUCAAGGUCGAGGACGAUCGGGUUCCGAGCAGACGAUGGAGCUCGACGGCGACUGGGCCGGCGACGGAGCCGUCCUCUCGUUCUACGACAAGUCGACCAAGAAGCCGACACAGCCCGUCGCCAAGGCCUCGCGAAAGAGCAUGACCGUCAAGCCGGGCGCGUACGACGACCAGACCUACUUCUUCACCGUUGCGCCUGGUAUCGACAUUGCCCUCAUGGCAGGCAUCGCUGUCUGCUUCGACGAGAUCCGCCGCGGCCUCGAGUACGGCGGCUAA